GUUUUUAUUAUUAGAUAAAUAUGCAUAUUUAAUACAGUAUACAUAUACAUACAAAUAUCCCUUAAUGAGCUUAAAAAACAUACGAUUCCACCCUGUAAAAUCAGCACUUUUCAAGAGAUGUCAAAAUAUAAUAAGUUACUUAAAAAUAAGUCAUGUUUCGCAUCAAGACAAAUGCCGAUUUUUAAAGAUAUUUAAAUACUUUGUUAAAUAAUGUUACGUUUAAAAAAAAGUUAUUUUAUAUUAAUGCAUUUAUACUGUGAUCAAUAAGAUCUCAAUUGAUGAACAAAUCUAAACAAAAUGAUUAUCAAAACGUAUUUUUUUGAUGUAUGGUUAUAUUUUGGCUUUUUAUCUUUGGUAAAUGGGCUACGUGAGUACGAAAAGAAAGAUCUGAUCGCUCUAAGAGAAGAAGUACGAUCUAUGUUUGAUCAUGCUUAUUCAAGUUAUUUAACAUAUGCUUAUCCUUAUGACGAAUUACGAUCAUUAAGUUGCGAUGGAUUCGAUACAUGGGGCAGUUUUUCAUUAACGCUUAUUGAUGCCUUGGAUACUCUUGCUAUAAUGGGCAAUUUCUCUGAAUUUCGACGUGUAGCAGAAAUUAUAAGUGCUAGAGCAAACUUUGAAGCUAAUAUCAAUGUCUCUGUAUUUGAAACUAACAUAAGAGUAGUUGGAGGAUUGCUGAGUGCUCAUCUCUUGUCACGUAAAGCAGGCAUUAAUUUAGAACCAGGAUGGCCUUGUAAUGGGCCACUGUUGCGCCUUGCAGAAGAUAUGGCAAAGCGUUUGAUUGCAGCUUUUGACACUCCAACAGGAAUGCCAUAUGGUACUGUUAAUUUGAAAUAUGGAGUACCUGAAGGUGAAACAAGUAUCACAUGCACUGCUGGGAUAGGUACAUUUAUAUUAGAAUUUGGAACUUUGUCCAGAUUAACUGGAGAUCCAUUGUAUGAAGAAGUAGCUAUGAAUGCUAUUAAAGCAUUAAAUUAUUAUAAAUCAAAUAUUGGAUUAGUGGGUAACCACAUAGAUGUAUUAACCGGCCAUUGGACAGCUCAGGAUUCUGGAAUUGGUGCAGGUAUUGAUUCCUAUUUUGAAUAUUUAGCCAAAGGUACUUUAUUAUUUCAAGAUCCACUACUAGCAACAAUUUUUCAUGAGCAUAAAGCUGCUGUUGAAAAGUAUAUUCGCCGAGAGGAUUGGCAUUUAUGGGUUUCUAUGACAAAAGGUCAAGUAACCUUACCAGUGUUUCAGUCUUUAGAUGCUUAUUGGCCUGGAGUAUUAAGUUUAUUUGGUGAAAUUGAAGAUGCAAUGAAAUCAUUGCAUAAUUACCAUCGUGUUUGGAAGCAAUUUGGAUUCACACCAGAAUUUUAUAACAUACCACAAGCUGAAGCAAGCACUAAUAGAGAAGGAUAUCCAUUGAGACCAGAACUGAUAGAAUCAGUUAUGUAUUUAUAUAGAGCAACAGGAGAUCCUUACCUAAUACAAGUAGGAGUAGAUAUAUUAAGAAGUUUGCAACAUAGUGCUAAAACUACAUGUGGCUAUGCAACUAUCAAUGAUGUUAGGGACCAUCGGAAAGCUGAUAGAAUGGAGUCAUUUUUCUUAGCAGAAACAACUAAAUAUCUUUAUCUGCUUUUUGAUUCUGAUAAUUUCAUUCAUAAUUCUGGCCAGAAAGGAGAAAUUAUAGAAACACAAUGGGGUCAAUGUAUUGUAGAUGCUGGUGGAUAUAUUUUUAAUACAGAAGCACAUCCUAUAGAUCCUGGAGCAUUAUACUGUUGCCACAGAAAUCAGCAUUUAUUUCCAGAUCAAAAAGCAAUGUUAUGGAAAUUUAUUCCUGUAAAUGAUAAGACAGAAAAGGAAAAUAUAGAGCAUAUCUCGCAUCCAAAAGAUAGUAAAGAUCAACAUGAUGACAAAGAACCAAUUGAAAUUAUAAAAUUAUCUGAAAUGAGGCACACUUUUAUAAAUGAGAUAGAAAAUAAUAAUAAUAAAAAUACAAUCGAUCCUUUGCCAUCCGUAAGUGGUAAAGUAGCUGAAAUUACAGCAAUAGAAGAAGAAAGUAAAAUAAAUACAAACGAUCCGGAACAUGAAUCUUUGAAAGUACAAGUUGCUGCACCACCCUCAGGAAUUUAUAAAGCUGAUGAUAGUGAAAAUAUUGACACUUAUGAAACUUAUACUACUUCUGAUGGACACUUCUCUACUUCUGUGAGAAAUAACACAGAUUCGUUUAUUAAACAAAACAAUAUAAAACCAAGAUUUGAACCACAAAUAUUGCUUGAGAACAUUAGAAGAAAGAAUUUAUAUCCAACAAAUAAUUCUGCAAGGCUAAAUUAUCAACUUUUGUCUUGUCAGUCUCAAUCAUUCCUACAACGUAUAUCAAUCAUAGGAGAAUUUUUUUAAUUUUAUUUAUUAAAUAUAUAUAUUUUUGUUAAUUUUUAUUUUCAGUAUAUAUAUAUAUUUAAAUUAUU